AUGAUAGAUGGUGUGUCGUCUGUUCUACAGCUACCGGUGGCUUUUAAUGUCAUAACUCUUGAGGAGAUAUUUUUUCCACUAAAGUUGAUGUCACGUAUUUUGUGGUUAUUUUCACAGGUUAUGUCGAGGACUUGGAACGGGUGUGUUUGGACGUCAUUAAAAAUAAAACCACUGGCUGAAGAAUCCAUUAAUAAUCUGGAGAUCAUCGUAAAUUAUACUUUCAUAUUUCAAGUGGUUGACACUGUGGUCUUUACUGUU